AUGUGGAAGAGGAAGGUGGGAUGUCGCGAUAAGAGCUCUGAGGCGCCCGAAAUUGUUACCGAAUACCAGCUUCAUAACAUUGCGAAUGCAUCUAAAAAAUCAAAUGGAUUACAUCACAAGAACACCGCUGCCCUCACCCUAAUACAAAUGGCGUCUCUAUCAGCCCUCCCGACUGAGCUGUUGAGCCAGAUCACCCGGCACCUUGUUACACCAAAAUACGGCUUCGAGGAUAACGGAAUUUGUAGUCUACGUCUCACCUGUCGCGCUCUGUGUUUGAAGACGCAAUAUGAAUUCGGAAAAGCAGCAUUCUCAACCCUCAGGCUCGACCUGCACGCAAAGCCGCUGCAGCUGUUGCUCAACAUCAGCAAGAGACCUGCGUUUGGAGAAGGAGUCAAACAGCUCGUGUUCGCGCAACUAGGAGACGAGCGUAUCGCCUUUCCCAGCGUGGAAGACGACGAAUUGGAUACGUUGAAAGAGCAGGUACUCUUCAUGUUGAGUCGGGUAUUUACAGAAGCCUUGCCCGGCUUGCCAAACCUGCAAGAGGUUGUGAUCAUCACUCCAUUCGCCGCGCGAUUCCGAAGAUACGAUGUUAUCCAAGGGUCUUCUUUCAUGGACACAUCCGUUUGGAAGGAAGAUUACGAUGUCACGGUGAACGUACUUCACAUGUUGAUUGCCCAGGCGGUGGGCGGUGCAGGCAUACGAACUAUGAGAACUAGGAGGUUUCGUCACUACACCGCAGCCAGCCUCGUACCGAUGGGCAGUCACAGAGCGCCGCGAUAA